AAUUGCUGCACUCCUCAGCAAUUGGGUUGCUACGGUCACCGGAUUUGCAGUUGCGAAAUGCAGAGAGAAAAUCUAGAGAGAGGUGUGGUCUUGAAGCUCAAGCAUGGCUUCACCAUCAUCACCACCGUGGACCUGGCGAUGGAAGAGAAUAGGUGACUCCGAUGAAAUUCUCAAAUUGUCGUUGUUCUUCUUUGAAUUCCUCAAUCCUCUUCGCAUUCCGUUUGAUUCACAAAAAGCUGACUCGUCUCACCACUUCCUCCCUAGAUUCAUCUUCUUCGUCAUCGUCUAUUUCUUCUGCUCACAAUGGCAGGAAGAGAGUGAAGAAAUCUGUAAUACCAGAAACAUUUGGGGAUAAUUCAAAGAAUGAGGUCUCUGUUAAUCGACCUCAGUCCCGAAAGAGGACAAAUUUGAGUCUCAAAUCGUUGCUCAGGAGGCGAUCUUCGUGGAGAAGGAUCUUAUUUGCUUCGACCAAAGUUAGAAGCAUCGUUUUGCUCAAUCUCAUCACUGUUGUUCAUGCUAGUAACAUUCUGGUAGUGAAAGAGGUCGAAGCAAUCAUGGAUCCAGCAGCCUUCACCGUUGUGCGAUUUGCAAUGUCAGCGAUUCCAUUUAUCCCUCUUGUUUUACAUGCACGGGGUGAUGCUCAGACCUGUAAUGCUGGGAUAGAGUUGGGAUUCUGGGCCAGUUUAGGCUAUCUUAUGCAGGCACUUGGACUGCUAACGUCAGAUGCUGGGCGUACAUCUUUUAUUUCCAUGUUCACUGUAAUUGUGGUUCCCUUGCUUGAUGGAAUGCUAGGAGCCAUAGUUCCUGCCCGUACCAGGUUUGGGGCUCUAAUGUCUAUUUUCGGAAUCGCAAUGAUGGAAUCCAGUGGGUCACCUCCUAGUGUUGGUGAUUUGUUGAACUUUUUGAGUGCUGUAUUUUUUGGGAUCCAUAUGCUAAGAACAGAACAUAUUUCAAGAAGUACUGAUAAAGAGAACUUCUUAGCACUCCUUGGAUAUGAGGUAUGUGUUAUUGCUCUCUUAUCAACUAUGUGGUACUUCCUUGGAGGCUGGAUUGGUGGCAUCCACGAAGGUAAUCCCUCAUUGUGGACAUGGACAAUGUUUUGGGAUUGGAUGGCAGCAUUUCCAUGGUUACCUGCACUUUACACUGGUGUAUUUUCAACAGGGUUAUGCUUAUGGGUAGAGAUGGAUGCUAUGCGUGAUGUAUCAGCCACCGAAACUGCUAUAAUUUAUGGCUUGGAGCCAGUAUGGGGUGCUGGUUUUGCAUGGUUUCUUCUUGGCGAAAGGUGGGGCUUGACUGGAUGGUUUGGCGCUGCUCUUGUGCUAGACGAUCUCCUUCGAUUCCGGCACCGGAGGGCAAAUUUUCGGCCCGUAGUUGAUUUCAUUCCCGAUGUUCUUGAUGAGUUCAUCGUAGAGAUCAGUUUCGGCAUUGUUGAUCGUUGGAGUUUUGCUUGAUAACUAACUGGACUUGGCUAGGAGAGUGAUGACGAUGACGUUGCUAUCAUCGCCGGAGAAGAAGUUACCAAAAUUGUCGAGAAAUAGAGCUUCAGAUCUGGAAGGGAAAGAGAGAGGAGAGAGACAGAGAAGGUGGGGAAGAGAGUGGGUGGAAAAGGUGGGAAAAUUUAGUUGAAGGUAUAAUAGUCUAAUAAAAUAUUUAAAUUAUAAAUUUUGUCCUUUAUGCAAGACUUUAUAAUUAUGAGGGGGUUUAAAAAGUAUAAUUUUUUUUUUAGUCCUUUUAACAAUUAAAGGAAGGUAAAGGGGGUUUAUAGCCAAAUUUCCCCUCUUUCAUUUAGAUGGAUGUAUCAUUGUUGUUUACAAACAUGGACUGGACCGUCCAGUUUUAACAGUAGGCCCAUUUUUGGGGUCAAAUUCAGUGAUCCAAGUUCUUCAUAUUUUAAAGUUUGUCAAGUGAAUUAUUCAUACAAAAAAAUUAAAUUAAUUAGAUAAUGAUAAUCUUAUGUUCGGAAUCAAUUUUAUAUGUAAAAAAUGAAUGAUGAGUAUAAUUAAAGUAUAAUUAUUCAUUUUUUUAAUACAAAGCCGAUUCAAGCAUAUAGUAAACAUUAUUCAAUUAAUUUAAUUUUUUAUAUAAAUGAUUUACUUGACGAACUUUAAUUAGAUUAAGUUAAGUUGGACAUAAAAUAAAAUAUUAAAUUUUAGCAUACAGGACCAAGUAAACAAGCAAAGUGUUCAAUUUUCUGAAGAGGUAAUAAACGACAGUCCAAUUAGUUUAAGUUGAUUGUAAGAAAAAAGAAAAAAAAAAUUGAAAUGAGAAAGCUGUUUGAAAUUUUUUCUACAGAUAACAAAUGAUAAUCCAAUCAGUUUAAGGUGCUCAAACAAUAUUUUAAAGAUGAUAAA